AUGGCUCCCCCCUCCGCAGAUAUGGUUGUGGACGAGUCGAAACGUCUCGUGGGUAACGAGGCCGGCCUGGCGCUCCUUGCAGAGGAGCAGAGCCGACAGUCCGAUGAGAAGCAUCGGCUGUCCGACGAGAGGCUUAUUUCAGUAUUGAUGAAGCUGGAAACCUAUCUAUCAGCCUCCCAGCCCAAUGUCCCGGUGCAGACGGAAUACGAGUUAUGGGCUAGUGGGUUUGAGUGGUUAUAUGGCAUGUCCUACGAUUACGGCAAGCGUAUCUCCCGUGGGUCCAAGAUGGUAGCGCUAGCAAACACCCGUUGUGACCUGCAGCUGCUUGACGCCUUUCAAUCCAACCGGGCCAAUAUCUCUCAGCGUGACGCCAUUAUCAGGCUCUGGAAGUCUGCUAUCGACACUCAACGAGUCCCCGAGGGGGUGUUUGAAUUGCCGGCUGUUAUUAGGAUGUACAAUAAAAUUAUAUCUUCGUUUCAUUCUGGGCUAUAA